AUGUCAUCAGACAAUUCAUAUACCAGAGAUUUAAAAGACAAUGAUGGCGAUGUUAUGAAACUAUCAUUGACAAAUGGAAAUUUAGGUGUUGAAUCGCAAAUUAAACAAUUAAACGAAAAUUUAGGCAUUAAACAAUUUAUUGGUGAUUUUGCUGUAGAAAUUCUUCCAAGGCUGUAUUUGGGAAGUAAACGAGCAGCUUUAAACAAAGAUUGGUUGAAGUAUCAUAAAAUUACAAAUAUUCUUACUAUUUCUACAAACAUUAGGCCUCGUUUUCCUGACUCAUUCGUGUAUAAAGUGGUCUCAAUAAAAGAUAGCGAAUUUCAAAACAUAUCAAAAUAUUUCGAAGAAACAUUUAUGUUUAUUCAAAAUGUUUUAGAUCAAGAAGAUAGAAGUAUUCUUGUUCAUUGCGAAAUGGGUAUUUCACGUAGCCCAAGUGUUGUUAUUGCUUAUAUAAUGAAAUCUCAGAAGAAGUCACUAAAAAAUGCGUUAGCCUUAGUUCAAGAAAAAAGACCAAUUGUUCUACCAAAUGCAGGUUUUUAUAAGCAACUAAAAGAAUUCGAGAAAGAAAUAUCGUUUAAUAACGAUUCAGAUUCAGAAUCGAAACUAAUGAAUCAAAUCG